AUGGAGACAAUACGCCUCAGUCUUUUCGUGAUGCUGUGUUUGGGAAUCCACAGGUCAUCUUCAGAUAUUUUGCACCGACAAAAGAGAACCUGGAUUAUUGAUUCCUUCAGAGUUGAUGAGGACUAUGAAGGACCUUUCCCAUAUUCACUGGGCAAAAUUAAAGUUGAGAAGAAACUCGUCCUUUUCGAGAUACAUGGUCAAGGUGUUGACAAAGAGCCCACAGGCAUAUUAAAAAUCAACAAUAGCACAGGGGAGAUUUUUGUGCAUGGCCCCGUGGACUAUGAGAAAUUCAAAGUUUUGAAGCUAACGUUUAAGGCAAUCGAUACACAUAAACAUGUAAUAGACACGCAGCUUGGCAUUGAGAUACAAAUUAUCGACUCAAAUGACAACCCUCCAAAGUUUGACCUUGAAAGGUACACAGUCAACCUUAAAGAGUCAACACCACAAGGCACUGAAGUGAUUACCAUUAUGGCAAGCGACUUUGACACUGGAAAAAAUGGAGUGUUUGAUUUCAAAAUAGUCUCAGUAACUCCUAAACCACAUGAGCUGGAGUUCUUCUUAAACCAGAGAAAUAGUACUGGAAGAAUUUCAUUUAAAGGGUGUUUGGACCAUGAGAAAGCAGAUACAUACACCAUUGUAGUGGAGGCUAAAGACAGGGGAGAAAAAAAACAGCUCUCCAGCUCCUGCACCAUCAUAAUCAACAUAGAAGAUGGAAAUAAUCACCGUCCUAAGAUCACAGGGCAAACAGGUCCUGGGAGAGUGAAAGAAGGAGAGGAAAAUGUUCUUGUUUCACGUCUGCAAGUUACAGACGAAGAUAUCAAAGGUACAGGGGCCAGCAGAGCAAAAUAUCAAAUCCAAGGAGACACAAACAACAACUUCAUUAUCACUACUGAUCCUGAGACGAAUGAGGGACUACUGUAUGUGAAAAAGCCUCUAGACUAUGAAGACAGCCCUCAGAAGAACCUGAAUAUCAGUGUAGAGAAUGAGAUCCCCUACCACUCAUGCAAAGUGGUGAAUCGUCAUACCACUGGUCUUUGGCAAGUAGUCACUGACAGUGGUGGUCGAUCUACCUACCAAGUGACAGUGGCUGUGGAGGAUGUCAAUGAUCCUGCAAUAUUUGACAAUCCUAACCAACAAGUAACGGUGGUUGAGAAUGUUGAGGCUGGACAGUACCUGGCAGUAUUUACAGCUAGAGACCCUGACUUUGCUGCCGCAAAGACAUUUUUAUUUCAGAAAGGAGAGGAUCCGGAAAAUUGGGUUACAGUGGACAGUGUGACUGGAAAGAUAACCACAACAAAGAUCAUAGACCGAGAGUCACCCCAUGUGAAAGACAAUACCUAUAAGGUCACAGUAUAUGCUGUUGACAAUGGUAAACCCCCAAUGACAAGUACCGCAACUCUCAGCAUUCAUGUUAGAGAUGAAAAUGACAAUAAACCAUACCUGGUUGUAAGCACAUUUGACAUGUGCCAGUCUGAUGGACCCUCUCUGGCCAACAUCACAGCCUUUGACUUAGAUGAAGAGCCCUACGGUGGACCUUUUCGCUUCAUGCUUCUCGGAGAGCGGGGAAAGUGGAGGAUUGACCCUGAGGAAGGGUUUUCAGUCAACCUGGUAAAGGAGAACACAGUUCAUUCUGGACACUUUGAGCUGUUGCUGAAAGUGUCUGACCUUCAGGGCGUGACCGCUGUCCACAACCUGUCCAUUACUGUGUGCAACUGCUUAGACACAGCGAGGCCAAACUGCCACUUCCGCAAAGCUACUGGCACUGCAUUAGGAGAAGGAACACUUGGGAUUAUCUUUUUCAGCAUACUACUGCUUGCAGGUAUGCUCCUUUUGGCUUUUCUGGUGUCAUGUAAGACACAGAGCAUAGCAAUCCCAGGAGAAGACUCGGGACAACAUCUGAUGAGCUGUAACAUUGAGAAUCCAGGAACUGACUGCAAAGUAAACAUUUUGAUUACAAAAGUACCUCUACUUGCUUUAACCCGAUCAACUUCAAAUGCAGGCAGUGCGACCUUAAGGGCCGCACGCAACGGAUACACGGGUGUGGCACACCCCGACGAGCGGGAGUCAUUCACUAACACAACUGCAACAACUGCUGCAGUGCCACAAGCCCAUUCAGAACAUGCCAUAUCCAAAACUGAACAACAGCAAAGGAACUAUUUGUAUCAGUUGAUAACUGACCCAGUAAGUGAAGCAUCACAAGCCUGCUCAGACAGCACCCCGUUCCGAAGAAAAAGUUUCAAGGAACAAGAGUUCACACGUGGGAACUCUCUGCGCUGGUCAUUUGCUAGCACAAUAACUUCUGCAGUUCCACAAGUCCAUUCAGAACACACCAUAUCCAAAACUGAACAACAUCAAAGGAAAAACUUGCAUCAGUCCAAGGGUGCAUCAUCAGCCAUGAGAAAGACACAUCAGCACAGACACUCUAUGCGUGGGGGUUGGGUGGGAUACGGCACAUAUUCACCAGACCAGGAGUUUGGUGUAGUCCAACAUGGAAUUCUGUUCAAAGUACUAAAUACGAUGCUGUCCAAUCUGCAGGCACCAGGAAAGGAACUGGGUGAUUAUGACCCUCAUGUGUAUGCUGAAGAGGGAGACAUGCAGACCAAAUAUGAGCUUGAUGCCAUCUCCAUCCCUGAUGUCACCUUUGACUUGGAUCUAGACUUGAAUUUCAAGUUCAAUACUCUGGCCUCAGUCAGCAUGCCUGGUGAAAGCACUGCCUACAGUACUGUGUAAUAGGAAAACAGCGACUCUGACUGAAGUGGAAAGCCAAAACACUAAAAUGAAAACACAUUAGUAAAACA